CGCCACACCAAAGCCAAGCGGCGCGCGGUGAGAAGACGAGAUAGGUUGGUUUGGUGGUGAUGAACACAAUCCGAAGCUGAGCUAUAUUGUAUAUCUAUUGCGUCACAUCACCUCGAGCGCUGCGUGUGGACUGUCCUCGCUGCCGUAAUUGCUGCGUUUUUCCUGCGCGUCUGUCCUUUCACCUCACAGAAAGCCCACCGCAGCUGUCAGCCGAUUAGUGAGCACUUUUAUCGCGUUUCACUUUUACUGUUGCCCGAAGCAGGAAUCGUCAGACCUCCUUUUGGCUCUCUCCUUUACGACACCAUGGGGAAACAGAACAGUAAGAUGACCCCUGAGGUAAUGGAGGACCUGGUGAAGAACACAGAAUUUAACGAGCACGAACUCAAACAGUGGUACAAAGGCUUUCUGAAGGAUUGCCCCAGUGGCCGACUCAACCUGGAUGAGUUCCAGCAGCUUUAUGUUAAGUUUUUCCCCUAUGGUGAUGCCUCAAAGUUUGCUCAGCACGCUUUCAGAACCUUUGACAAGAAUGGAGACGGCACCAUCGACUUCAGGGAGUUCAUCUGUGCGCUGUCCAUAACAUCACGAGGCAGCUUUGAACAGAAACUCAACUGGGCAUUCAACAUGUAUGACCUGGAUGGAGACGGCAAAAUCACACGAGUUGAGAUGCUUGAGAUCAUAGAGGCAAUUUAUAAGAUGGUGGGGACAGUUAUCAUGAUGAAGAUGAAUGAGGAUGGUCUGACGCCCGAGCAACGAGUAGACAAAAUCUUCAGUAAGAUGGAUAAGAAUAACGACGACCAGAUCACAUUGGAAGAGUUCAAAGAAGCAGCAAAGAGCGACCCGUCCAUUGUAUUACUUCUGCAGUGUGACCUGCAAAAAUGAGCAUCUCAGAAAAGAGCCAGAGACUGCACAAAUGAUUAUUGUUCCAUUCAGUUUGCAGCUAUUUCCACUGAAAAAAAAAAAAAUUGCUUGGACUACCUUUCAAUGACUUCGCUUCCUGUGUUUGAAACACUCGUAUGCAUGAGAAUGUUCUUUGCUGACAAAUUUCACAUAUGCACAAAAAACUUCACACACACAUGAAUACAUGGCAAAAACAUACACAUACAGACUAUGCCAUGCACAAAUAGAAUUAUAUGAAUAUUAAUAUACAUAUAUAUCGAGUUAACUGCCAAAAUGUGAAAAGAGUGAAAAGUACCUUCUAUACAGUCUGAAUCCACUGGAGCUUGCACAUCAUUGAUGUGCUGUAUUGAAUUAAGCUACUAUUUAUUGUUCAAGUUUACUGAAGCUCACUAUGUGUACCAUAUACUGAGUACUGUCAACCAGACAAUUCUUCUGAUAAUCAUAACUUUUUCAGAUUUACCCGCUUGUCUGGAUGGACAAAAAGAUAAAACUCUUAUCCAUCAACCUUUUCCCUCCUAAUGUGUUUGUACUGUUGGUGAAUAUACUUGUAGUUAAUUUGCAUGCCAUUAGGUUUGCCUAAAGAGUACUUCCCUCAUUUGCAUCCUGCAUAAAUAAUGCUUACAAGCCUCGUUUCAAAAUAAACUAUUGAAAUUGACAUGUACAACAGAACUGGAUGGAAAAAACAACUGGUUUUGUCACACUGGACAUGCAUUUGUGAUCCAUUGAGGCUGUGGUUAGGUAUUCCCCUUCUAUGUCUAGCAUGUACUUCACAUAAGGGGGAAUGAAUGUGGCUGACUGAAAUCUCUGAGAACAAACCUAUUACUAAGACACUGUUUGAGCACAAGUAAUUUUUAAAUAGACCAUAGUAUACAUUCAUACUCAUGGUCGCAAUAUUAUGCUAGUCAUAAAAAUGUAUUCCCAUAUUAAAACUACAAGCUUUGCAGUUCAGUUCAAAUCCGUUGCAUAUCAAUUUACUGAUUUAUGUGGGGCCCAAGCAAGGAAUUAAUUGAUAAACAUAAUGUUUUGUUGUGUCAAUAGGUUUAAAAUAAUUAAAAUAAUGAUCAUGCCUCAAAAAAAAUUAUUUUUGAACUCCAAAUUUAACUUAAUACUUUUUUACGUGCUGCUCUUAAAGGAGGACUUCAGCUGAGGGUGUGCGUUCUAGGGCUCAGACUGGGCUAAAAAUAUCACUCUUUGAAUCCAGACAUUUGCACCAACUGCACAUUUUGAGCAUCUACUCCAUUUCUAAAUAAGCACACUACUGUGCUCCAUUUAAGACUGCAUUCUGCCAGUGUUAAGAGCUUUACACAAACAUAAAGUUUGCCAUUAUUAUGUUUACCUAGCCACCACACCAAAUUCAUGCAAUGGCAACCUUUUCCAAUUGAAGAGUUAUUUUGUACAUGUUGCAUGUAUUAUGCCCCUAAUGCAAUGGCUGCACUAUUCCUUGUGUUGUGGUUUAAACUAAUAAAAGAGUAUAUG